AUGGAUUAUUACGCAACUCUCUUUAGCAGCAAGCGACCGCCUGAUCGGAACUCUGACCAUAUCUUAUCCAUAGUUUUAGGAUUUGAUUGUGAAUGGUGUAACAAUGGAGAUGAAGUUAGGCCGAUAUCGUUAAUUCAACUUUCAACAUCUUCAGGCCUCUGCCUGCUUAUUAGGAUUAAGAUCCUUCUUGACAAGGAAAAUGUUUUUCCACAAAGUUUAGCUGAUAUUUUGAGAGAUAAAAGAAUAUUAAAAGUCGGAGUGGCCAGUAUUGAGGAUGGACAGAAACUGCAUAGAGAUUACAACAUAGAAUGCAAAGGCUGCCUAGAUCUGAGAUAUGUUGUUCUCAGAUGUCGUUUGGCAAAGAUUAGUCCAGGUGGCCUAAAGUACCUUUCAAAAGCAGUGUUGGGCAUAGAUCUAUCUAAGAACAUUAGAAUUAGGUGUGGGAAUUGGGAGAGUGAUGAAUUGAAUGAUGAGCAGAUAUUCUAUGCAGCCAUGGACAGUUUGGUGUCAAUAAAAAUAUUUCAAAAACUUGUCGACUUGCAAUAUUCUCACAAUAAAGAGAUAGCUAACAUUACCAACAACCUAAUCUUAAAAAACACCGCAUCGUCCAACAAUUAUACAAAGAUAUGUCAGGGAAUAGUUGACAUCAAAUAUAAAAACAAAGCAGAGAACAAAUUUAAAAUUUUUCAAAACUGUCACAUCACUAAUUCCAGACGGGAUGAUCCUCCUAAUUUUAAGGAAGCAAAACCGACUAGGGCGUACAAUGUACGCAAAGAACCUUUAUAUCAGAACUGUAAAUUAUUUUCAAAUGACGGUCAGCUACUAUGUACUUGCGAUGAGAAAAAAGCUUUGUGGUACAUAGAUAAGAAGAUUGGAGAAAAAAUAUCCGACAAUCCAUUGACAGUGAAGUUGUUGUUUGAGCCAGCCGGUCGGCCGACCAGUGAAUCGGAUUAUUAUUUACAGGAAAAGGACAACAGAUGCGUCGUGUGUGGUCUGCCUGAAUCUUACAUUAGGAAAAAUAUUAUUCCACAUGAGUACAGGAAACACUUUCCAGUCAUAUUUAAAGAGCACAAGUCACAUGACGUCGUCCUACUAUGUAGUAAAUGUCACUUGAUAAGCAACCAAUACGAUUCCCGUGUUAAAUUUUCACUGGCUAGAAAGUAUGAUGCCACUAUUAGGUCAGAUAAGUAUGUCAGUUCAGCAGCUACUACAAAAGUUAAGUCAGCUGCAAAAGCCCUGUAUAAUGACCGUGGGCACGACAAGAUACCGACACAACGUCAGCAAGAGUUGAGGAAUUGCUUAAAAGAAUAUUUUAAAGUUGACGAGUUUUAUGAUGAACUGGUUGAUAGGGGUUUUUCGUUAGAUGUUGAGAAACAAAUUAAUGAAAACUUUGAAGAGCAUGGUUUGAAAGUGACAAGAUCUGUCAUAGCGGAAAAUGGAUUGAUUAAAUUUGAGAGAAUGUGGAGGCAACAUUUUUUGGACUCCAUGAAACCUGCCUACAUGCCUAAUUUGUGGUCUGUUAAUCAUGGACACGAUAGACUUCUACGGAUAUUACCGCAACAGCAGUUCCUUGAAAAUUAUAAAAAUGUGAAUUAAUGAGUCAUCCGUACUCUCUGAACAUUCGUUUUGCCUUGAUUGAAGAUUCAUUUAAAUAAAUCUAAUGAGUUUUGAUAGAAAAGUUCACAUAUAUAUGUAUAUGUUGGUAAUAAUUAGGAAUGUAUAUAUAUGAUACAGAUAGAAUGGUUUAUAAUGCUUAUUUUUGUGUGUUAAUAUUAAUAGUCUUUUUUGAUG